ACAGGCGUACGACGAACGCAAACUCGUCGAUCCCUACUUCAACAAGACGAACAUGAACGUGUACCGGGGAGACAAGGCAAUGGCCACCCAUUGGGGGAUCAUGCAGACGGCGUGCAGCAAAUGGCACGGCAUACAGGAGGAGGUCGAAGAACGGCCGAUCAGCGGCCACGACUUGGAGCAAAAGCUGCGCCGUGCUUUGGACAUGUACACGGACGACACCGGCAUGCAGUUCAAGUUCCUGAACGUCUACGCCCGCCUCGAGAACUGCGAGAAGUGGAAGGAAACCCGCACGACCCUCUCGAAGAGCAAGACCGAGCAGUACAACCCCGACGCUCCGGCGGCUGGCGCGGCGGAAGGGCGCCUCGAACUCGGCCAGAAGAAGCUCAAAGAGCUCAAAAAGACGGGCAAUCCCGCCGACAGGAUGCAGGCGUCGAUCGACAAGUGCCGGGCCGACUUGAGGACGCACGCCGACGGGAGGAACGACAAGUUCGACGGCAGGUGGCGGGAGAUGCUCGCCAACCAAGGCGUCCGGAUCGCCCUGCUGAAGACGACGACGGCGGCGAAGAAGAGGAACACAAACUUGGCGUUCCUGAUGGGCGGCGGCAACAUGGAACUGAUGGGCGAGGAGACUAGGAAUUGCUCCACCGCCGACAGCGACGCGUCUCCGCAUCCAGCGCAAGAGCCGCCGCCGCCUGUCCCCGUCCUCUCCGCCGUUCUAAUCGACCCCGCCGCCGACGACCUCGACCCAUCCACCUCCCCCUCCUGUUCGUUUGCAUCUCCAAGGAGGUCUUCCACUCUUCCAGCGACGCCGGCGGCGACCAGAAGGGCCAGCAGGUCCUCGCCGACGACUAAGGUUAGCUCAGGCGCUCCUCGAGUCUCACUUUACCCCGCGCCUCUCCUCUCCCGACCUGCCCAAGCUCCAGUCCACCGCGGCUAUGCCCUAGAGCUUCGCCGUCGUCCUCAUGCCCGCAUCGCCGCCACUGCCGUCUCCGCCGCGUCCUUACUGUCCCCACGCAGUUCUCUUGGACAAUUGGGUUUUGAGAUAUGGGCUUUUACUCAUCAAGUGAUAACUUAA